AUGGACAGCAGUGACUCUGAUCUGAAGGAAACACACUUGGCUAAAGUUAAAAGCUACAUAGAAAGUCACUUUCCAGUUUUCAAGGGACACUGUCAGCAGGAUGCACACGAGUUCUUCAUGGCUUGUCUGUCCCGUCUAAAAGAGGAAAGCAUGAGCUUGAGAUCGUCUCAUCCCUCAUACACUUGCCCCGUGUCCAGUAUGGAGUUCAAGCUCAGAAGCGAGCGCACCUGCAACAGCUGUGGCCUCAUGAAGAGUUUCACAGAGGAAUCAAACUGCCUCUCGCUGGUCAUCGGCCCUCAUGCGAGUCUCACAGACAGUCUGCAGCAGUACAUGAACGCGUCGUUCAUUGAUUGCGUGUGCAGUCUGUGUGGAGGACCACAGGCCUCUGAGACCCUGAAGUUUCUCUCUCUUCCUCGGGUCCUGGUCCUUCUGGUGCAGCGCUUUGACUUCACGUCCUCCAUGAUCAAGCUGAAGAAUCGACUGGAGAUUCCUGAGGAGCUGACGCUGUCCUGCGUUAAAGAGAGAACAAAGCAGCCAGAGACAGAUGAAAACAGCAGAGCAGGCAGCCGAUCAUUUCUCCAGAAAAUAUUCAGGAAAAAGAACAGAGUUGCUCCACAGACACCACAGGAAGAAGCUCCAGUCGUCAUCAGCUCACAGUACAGACUCUCUGCUGUUGUGUCUCAUGCGGGAAGCCAUUUGUUUUUUGGACACUACAUCAGUCAGAUCCGUGAGCGCAGGGAGGACGGAUGGCUGCGGUGCAGCGACGCGUCUGUCAGAAGAAGCAGCUGGAGCGAGGUGUCCGAGGACGCCGGGGACAACGGAUACUUGCUGUUUUAUGUCAAGAGCUGAGCAGCGUUUGGUGAGGAACAGAUGAGGAAGAUCCCGUCGAGAGGGGGUCUUGAGAAACCCUCAUGCUCGGGUUUGUCAGUCGGCUGUUUUUGGGGUCAAACUUGCAUCUGUUGGUUUGACGUGAGCGGCACAGAUUCUCGUCUCAUGGCAGCUUUGGGUUUGGGAUGGGAUUUGUUUUUGGACAGUUGGUGGCGUUUCGCCUCUCUUGUCCUUUUGGGGGUUGUUCCAGGGCCAUAAUCACUGAAGACAUUGAGGGGGACAAU